UCUGAGCUUGUUUUCCACAACUGUUAAAAAGCUCAGUGAGUUAGGUAUCUGGCUGAGGAGCCAGAGGUUAGGACUUCCCCCACUGUUUCUCCCAGGAAAAGAGUCAGGCCGUGUGGCUUUGGAGAAGCUGCAUUGUCCCAGGAAUGACCCCAGAAGAACAUAAACGAGUUCUGAGUACAUUCUACCUAGAAAAUCCUAAAAAGUGCCUUGAACAUGAACAACGCAGGUCCAGAAAUACAUUAAUCCCGGAGCAAUUCAGUUCCAGAGAGGCAUUAAUGUGAACAAUUUAUCUUGCAAUUGGAGUUCACAGGAUAUUGUUUCUUAAUGGACCACUUAUGCAUUGUCAAAAAGGAGGGCAAGAGGGGCCACUUAUUUGUAUGAAAUUGUGUACACCAAAAUAUAGAUCCAAUAUAUUAUGAAAUACUAAAAAUCAUUGAAUAAAUUCACCGAACACCAUGACAUGGCUCUUCUUGCAUUUUCCUUUUCACAUGACGUAUGCAACAAGAACCCAAGAAUGGAUGAACCAAACAGAUUUCACAGAAUUCAUUCUCUUCGGAUUUACUGAUAUUUCUGAACUGCAGAUCCUACUCUUUUGGGUGUUUCUCCUUAUCUACUUUGCAACCAUAGCUGGAAACCUUCUAAUAAUUGUUCUUAUUGCAUGUGAUCAGAAUCUUCAUUCCCCCAUGUAUUUCUUCCUGGUGACCCUUUCUUGCUUGGAGAUCGUCUAUAGCUCAACUAUUCUACCCAGAAUGCUGUGCAGUUUCCUGACAGGAAAAAAGACAAUUUCUCUUCAGGGCUGCUUUCUGCAAUAUUAUUUCUUUGGCUCUCUGGUGGGAUCAGAAUGUUACCUGUUGGCUGCUAUGUCUUAUGACCGGUAUUUAGCCAUUUGUAAGCCUCUUCAUUACUCUACCUUAAUGAAUAAUAUUGUCUGUAUGCAGUUUAUAGUGGGAUCAUGUAUGCUCUGUUUUAUCCUUAACUCUGUUACAACCUAUCUCAUGUCCCAGUUAUCAUUUUGUGGCCCUCCCAUUCUUGACCAUUUCUUUUGUGACUUCACCCCAGUGAUUAAGCUUGCCUGUGGUGAUACUCAAAAGAUGGAAUUAAUGGCUUUCAUUCUCUCUCCCUUAAUAGCUCUUGUCCCAUUUCUUUUGACUUUGAUGUCUUAUAGUUUGAUCAUUUCUACUAUCCUGAGAAUUCCAUCCAACAUUGGGAGACAAAAGGCCUUCUCUACUUGCUCAUCUCAUCUCACCAUAGUGACCAUUUUUUACGGAACCCUCCUCAUUGUCUACAUGCUUCCCAAAACCAACAUUCUGAAAGAUCUGAAUAAAAUAUUCUCUGUCUUUUAUACAGUUUUAACUCCCAUUGUCAAUCCCAUUGUAUACUGUCUAAGAAAUAGAGAAGUGAAGGAAGCUUUAAGUAAACAUACAUCUCAGUUCUUUAGUUUUCCAAGAAGUAUUUUUAGCAGGCACUAUAGAAUGAGAUAG